GUGCCCACAUACUUAUGUGUAUAUAGUGUACUUUUCGUCAUGCAGUGUAUGUAUGUCUAAGGGUAAAACCCUUUUGCUCGGAUUUGACUGUUUUUAUAUUCCAUGGCCGUGCCCUGAGAGGGCGACUCCGGUUUGUCCAGUUGCGCAAUCACCAGAUAAACAAACUGAAUCCACUGUGAAGCUGAUAAGGGUGUGUUUACAUUUUCACAGCAGCUCUCCAAUGAGUUAAAAUUAGCUUGUCUACACUCUUGAAAGCAAAGGUGUUUUCACACAGGAGAGAGGAUGUAUACCUAUUUGCUUGUCGGUUUGGUAGUUGGUAUUGCAUAUAUUUAUCACAGUGUUGUGGUUAAAGGAAAGAGAUGCAAAAGUAAAGCAAAACUGCAUGGGAAAACAGUCAUCGUAACUGGAAGUAACACAGGCAUAGGGAAGAUGACAGCGCUAGAUCUGGCCAGAAGAGGUGCCAGAGUCAUCCUGGCCUGCCGCAGCAAACGGAGAGCUGAGGCCGCGCUCGCUGACAUCAAGAGGGAGAGCGGGAGCAAUGAGGUGGUGUUCAUGCAGCUGGAUCUGGGGAGUCUGAAGUCUGUUCGCUCCUUUGCUGAAACCUUCCUGAAGACUGAGCCCAGACUCGACCUGCUCAUCAACAAUGCAGGUAUUUACAUGCCAGGCACCACAGAGGACGGCUUGGGGAUGAUGUUUAGUGUCAACCACAUCGGUCCCUUCCUGUUGACCAACCUGCUGUUAGACCGUAUGAAGGAGUGUGGUCCGAGUCGAGUGGUCAACGUGUCAUCCAUCGGUCAUAACUUCGGCACCAUCGACUUCAACUGUUUGAGCACUCACAAGGAGUUAGGAGUUGGAAAUUCUGCCACAGAUGUUUUCAACAUCUACGCCAACAGCAAGCUGUGUAAUGUUCUCUUCACGCAUGAGCUGGCCAAGAGACUGCAGGGCACAAAUGUUACCUGCUACACCCUUCACCCAGGAGCCAUCAACUCUGAACUGUUUCGCAAUGUCAGCAAGGUGUUCAUGAUUCUGAUGAAGCCUUUCCUCAUGUUCUUCUUCAAGGACACUGUGGCGGGGUCUCAGACCACCCUACACUGUGCCCUGCAGGAGGGCCUGGAGCCCCUCUCUGGAUGCUACUUCUCUAACUGUACAGUCAGGAACCUCUAUGCUAAGGCCAGAGACAACGCAGUGGCCAAGAAGCUAUGGGAAGUCAGUGAGAGUCUGAGUGGCCUAUCCUCUUAAGAAUCUCCAGUUUUAACUGGGCUUCAACCUACUAACCAAUAUGCUGUGUUCUUUCGAAACAAAUCUGUAAUUCUUUCAGUUUUGCUUUAUAAAAUGUACAUGAAUAGAAAUAUAUGGAUGAAGCUCUUGCUUUUUCUUACCAAACAUUGAUUUAUGGGACAUUUAAUUAGAGACGUUGUUAUUUAUAUUUCUUACAAAACAGUUAAUAAGCCUAAAAUGUUAAGAAUGUUUGUCUUGAUUGUUUGUUUGUUUUUUGUAUUCAUAGCUUUUGCCUAAGUAUCUUCCUAACCAUUUAUCAGCUGAAUUAGAAUUUAAAGAUGGCACUCAUGCCUGCCCUACAGAGAGAGAGAGAUGAGCAUGAAAGCUUCAGUAGAAGAAUCCAAACAAAGCAAAUAAGAAGAAAAGCUAAAAUGUCCCUGUGCUGUCCAAUGGGGUGUGGUUUAAGCUUUCCCGCAACUCAACAGAAAGUACCUCUUUGCGCUGCAGAGUAACCAUGAGAAUAACUUUACGGCAAGGAAUUCUAGACCAUGAGAAUAACUUUACGGUAAGGAAUUCUAGACCAUGAGAAUAACUUUACGGUAAGGAAUUCUAGACCAUGAGAAUAACUUUACGGAAAGGAAUACUAGACCAUGAGAAUAACUUUACGGUAAGGAAUUCUAGACCAUGAAUAACUUUACGGUAAGGAAUUCUAGACCAGGAGAAUAACUUUACGGUAAGGAAUUCUAGACCAUGAGAAUAACUUUACGGUAAGGAAUUCUAGACCAUGAGAAUAACUUUACGGUAAGGAAUUCCAGAGGGUGCAGUGUGUGCUAUGGGUUCUCUUUACUGAGUGCUACACAGGAUCUGAAAGCUCAAUGGCUGCCUUUCUUCUUGUUGCUGGAGUGGUAUUGGUGGCCUAUAUGAUUUUUCAUAACGUCUUUGUCAAAGGGGCAAUAUGCAAAAGCAAUGUGAAACAGCAUGAGAACUCGUAACAGGUGUCUGUUUUUGUCAAUGCUUCCUGUAUUUCCCCACAUUGACACAGGAGGAAAGUUCAUGGCACUGUAAUAAUGUAGAGUAGAUGUCAUUUUCUUUGCCUGUACAUCAUUUCAUGUAUAUAGCAUUCUUAAAUUCGUUUGUCUUUGUAUAUUAUUUCAUUGGGGAUUUUUUAAUGAUUUUCCUGGUUGUAAAACUCAACGAACACUCUGCUGCAGGUUGUAGGGGAGACUGGGGUCAAUUGUAACAGGAUGUGUUUGCAACAAUUAGAACUUCUCCAAACAGAAACAAGUUAGAGUACAGUACAUGCCCAUUUAGGUUAUCUUCCUGGUUGAAGAGUUUCAGACAAAUAUUGCACUGUAUUUUCUUGUACUGUCUGAGCCUUAAUAUUCAAGAACUCGAGCUAGCAUCAUUUUCAUCACGAUCUGUUAGUUCAACGUUGACAUUGUUGUCUCUUGCUAGGCACAUGAGGUUUUGUGUCAUGGCUGCUGGGUUGGGGGCAAUUGUAACACAGUGUUAAAAUGAACCUGAGCCAAAUGAUGAACAAAAUAAGUGAUUUUAACUUAAGAUUUUUAUGAAUUAUACAAAACUAACAUUAAAUAUCCUUGGGGUCCUGUAGAUGGCCAAAUAAGUUGUCAACAGAUCAUUUGGGCACUAUCAGACUAUUCAGAUGUUUUGAGAGGAGCUGAAUGGCCAUUCACAAAUGGGUGUUACUGUAAAUAUUGGUUGGUUACUUAGACAUAAUUUGAUAGCAAAAUCAUUACAUAUGUCUAUGAUAAUGUGAUAAUUCAAACAGAAGUAUUUGAAGUUGAAUUUAGUUGGUUUAUGUUUUAGGUGUUACAUUUAACCCUGGCACUGGGGGCAAAUGUAACGUCCAGACUGUGGAUUAAAGUCAGUAUUGUAACCCGACUGUUUUAUGUACUGACCUAUGAAUGAUUAGGAGACUGAUGUAAAAAAAUGACUGGCAUAGUUCAAGUGGUCUAUAUAUAGAGUAAAAUAUAUAUUUUUACAUUUGCCUCUGAUCUCCCCUACUUUGCAUUGAUCCUAUAAAUACUAAUUAUCCAGGAAGUAACACAGGCAUAGGGAAGAUGACAGUGCUAGAUCUGCCCAGGAGAGGUGGCAGGGUCAUCCUGGCCAGCCGCAGCAAACUGAGAGCUGAGGCCGCUCUCGCUGACAUCAAGAGAAUGAGAUGUUCAACAAUCUGACUUUCUUCACAUUAGCACAUUUUAUUACAUCACAACCCUCGUGUGGUGGCAGUCAUAAGUUGAAGUGAAAUGAGGCGUUUUGGAAAAUGAUAAUUCUAUGAAUGGUUCGGCAUCAAUUGUUCAAUUAAAUUGGGACAGAGUAACGAAGAAAUUCCUGUGUCCUGUAGGAGAGUGGGAACAAUGAGGUGGUAUUCAUGCAGCUGGACCUGGGGAGUCAAGUCUAUUCGCUCCUUUGCUGAAAUUGUCUUGAGACUAGACCCAGAUUGAGCCUGCUCAUCAUCAAUGCAGGUGAAAGCAAUACACCUGUCCAGUUCCUUUGCAUCAAUGCAGGAUGAAAGAAAGGCUGUGAGGAGAUGAAGCUACUUGAGACUAUUGAGAUGCACCCUGAACUCCCAUCAACCCAUAGAAGUGAUUACAGAUGAAUGAUGUCUCGUUUCCUCUCAGGUAUUUACAUUCAGGGCAACACAGAAGACUGCUUGGGGAUGAUGUUUGGUGUUCACCACAUCGGUCAUUUCCUGUUGACCAACCUGCUUCAGGACAGUCUGAAGGAGUGCAGUCCGAGUCGAGUGGUUAAUGUGGCGUCCCUGGUAUUUAAACUGCUCGAGCACUUAGGGAGUAGGCAAGUCUGCCAUGGAUGUCUUUAACAUCUACAGCAACAGCAAGCUGUGUAAUGUUCUCUUCACCCAUUGGCCAAGAGACUGAAGGACACAAAUGUUACCUACUUCAGCCUCCACCCUGGUCAGUGCUGCUAAGUCAGGUUUAUAAAGCUUUUGAAUGUAAUGGUAUCUGCAGUUUUCAAGUUAGUUCUACCUUGGUUGAAUGUAAAUUAGAAUAAAAUGCCUAAUGAUCCAGUCCAAGCUCUCCUCUGUCCUGGCACCCCAAUGGUGGAACAAGUUUCCCCCUAAUAUCAGGACAGUGUAGUCCCUGACCAUCUUCCGACAACAUCUGAAAACCUACCUCUUUAAAGAGCAUCUUAAAUAAAUCCCACAACCAUAUGUUGUCUCACCUAGCUAUCUUAAGAUGAAUACACUAAUGUAAGUCGGUCUGGAUAAGAGCGUCUAAAUGACUAAUAUAGAUUUAAAUAUAUGUUUUAUGAAUGGAUAACUCAACUCUAGUGCUUGUGUUUUUUUUCUCCUGGGUUUAAUCUAACCUGAGCUGGGCUGUUAUGCAGACACUGUAUUGUUAAUGCAGUUGAAGGUCAUCUCCAUGUUGUUCUUCACGAACACUAUGUUGGGGUGUCAGACCGACCUGGAUGAAUGAAGACAGCUUGUCUGUUGAAACAUUGGUUAUUAAAUGAUUGCAUCUGACCUCAGAGUGCCGCUCUCCUUUUUCUUUUUCAGGGGUGUCAGACCGACCUGGGGCCCCUCUCUGGACACUACUUCUCCAACUGUACAGUCGUGGCCAAAAGUUUUGAGAAUGACACAAAUAUUAAUUUUACACAGUCUGCUGCCUCAGUUUGUAUGAUGGCAAUUUGCAUAUACUCCAGAAUGUUAUGAAGAGUGAUCAGAGGAAUUGCAAUUAAUUGUAAAGUCCUUAUUUGCCAUGCAAAUGAACUGAGUCCCCAAAAAACAUUUCCACUGCAUUUCAGCCCUCCCACAAAAAGACCAGCUGACAUAUCAAUGAUUCUCUCGUUAACACAGGUGUGAGUGUUGACGAGGACAAGGCUGGAGAUCACUCAGUCAUGCUGAUUGAGUUCGAAUAACAGACUGGAAGCUUCAAAGGAGGGUGGUGCUUGGAAUCAUUGUUCUUCCUGUCAAUCAUGGUCACCUGCAAGGAAACAUGUGCCGUCAUCAUUGCUUUGCACAAAAAGGGCUUCACAGGCAAGGAUAUUGCUGUCAGUAAGAUUGCACCUAAAUCAACCAUUUAUCGAAUCAUCAAGAACUUCAAGGAGAGUGGUUCAAUUGUUCUGAAGAAGGCUUCAGGGCGCCCAAGAAGGUCCAGCAAGUGCCAGGACCGUCUCCUAAAGUUGAUUCAGCUGCAGGAUCGGGGCACCACCAGUACAGAGCUUGCUCAGGAUUUCAGCAGGCAUGUGUGAGUGCAUCUGCACGCACAGUGAGGCAAAGCCUUUUGGAGGAUGGCCUGGUGUCAAGAAGGGCAGCAAAGAAGCCACUUCUCUCCAGGAAAAACAUCAGGGACAGACUGAUAUUCUUCAAAAGGUACAGGGAUUGGACUGCUGAGGACUGGGGUAAAUUCAUUUUCUCUAAUGAAUCCCCUUUUCGAUUGUUUGGGGCAUCCGGAAAAAAGCUUGUCCGGAGAAGACAAGGUGAGCGCUACCAUCAGUCCUGUGUCAUGCCAACAGUAAAGCAUCCUGAGACUAUUCAUGUGUGGGGUUGCUUCUCAGCCAAGGGAGUGGGCUCACUCACAAUUUUGCCUAAGAACACAGUCAUUGAAUAAAGAAUGGUACCAACACAUCCUCCGAGAGCAACUUCCCCCAACCAUCCAGGAACAGUUUGUUGACUACCAAUGCCCUUUCCAGCAUGAUGGAGCACCUUGCCAUAAGGCAAACGUGAUAACUAAGUGGCUCGGGGAACAGAACAUCGAUAUUUUGGGUCCAUGGCCUGGAAACUCCCCAGACCUUAAUCCCGUUGAGAACUUGUGGUCAAUCCUCAAGAGGCGGGUGGACAAACAACAACCCACAAAUUCUGACAAACUCCAAGCAUUUAUUAUGCAAUAAUGGGCUGCCAUCAGUCAGGAUGUGGCCCAGAAGUUAAUUGACAGCAUGCUAGGGUGGAUUGCAGAGGUCUUGAAAAAGAAGGGUCAACACUGCAAAUAUCGACUCUGCAUCAACUUCAUGUAAUUGUCAAUAAAAACCUUUGUAAUUAUACUUCAGUAUUCCAUAGUAACAUCUGACAAAAAUAUCUAAAGACACUGAAGCAGCAAACUUUGUGGAAAUUAAUAUUUGUGUCUGGCCACGACUGUACAGUCAGGAACGUCUAAGGCCAGAGACGUGGCCAAGAAGCUAUGGGAAGUCAGUGAGAGUCUGUGUGGACUAGUGAAAACCUACCCCUAUGACUCAAGCUCUCCUUUGUGUGCAAAAUGAUUUUUGACAUUUGAGUUUACUUACCCUUUAAAUUAACCAACAGUGUCAGGUAUUCUAAAAGGGCUUACUCAUGUGUGAUUCGUAUCUAGUAUUGAUCUUGUGCAUUAACUUCUAAGCUCUUAGGCCUACCCCACGUGACUUAGGGUGUUCCACUCUGCCCUAGUAGAUAUCAUAUCUGGAACAUAAUGAAAGGACCCACCCAAAACGGUGGAUGUUGGAAUCAAUACAAUCAUGAAGUGGCAAACGGAAUGAAGAAGCAUAGGCUUACUGGGCAAUUCAAGACUGAAGGGAAUAAAGUACAUGUUGCUCAAUGAAGCUGUUGUGUAUUCAUUGGUGGUUGUAUAAUAACUGUGCCAGCACCUAACAGUGCAUCCAUUCAUAUUUCAGAUCAUGUAUUCUCAUUCCUCACCCAGCUCUUUACAUGCGUAGCAAUUGAGCCUUGGGAAGAGCAUUUAUAGAUCAUGUGGAUAUAGCAGAGGAGCUGAUGCUGUUUGUUGCCUUGAUCAUAUGGAUUGGAAUAAACGGGUGAAGAGUACUGAAAUAUCCUACUUUAGAAGUAAAAUUACUGGUGUAAAACUACUCAAGUAAAAAGCAGCUCAUUUAAAAAGUACUCAAGAGUAAAAGUAAUUGAGUUACUUUUAAAAUAUAAAAAUUGACCUUGAUAAUUAGCUAAGAUUACCUGAACGUUGUUACACAUGAUCUUUUCCAUGCAUUAAAUUGAAAAAGGAAGAGGGAAUGCAUGUACAGUAGUAACUUAGUACAUUUAUGUUAUGAUUUAUAACAAAGCACUGAAAUAUCCUACUCGAGUAGAAGUACUGUUACUUUAAUUACAUUUUACUAAAGUUUCUGUGAAAUGACUGACUUAACACUCAACCUACAAGUACUCGGAUAAACGACUGAAUUAGUAUAGAGAGGAGUUGGAAUUAGUUACUUUACACCUCUGCAAAAAAAACAAGCUAGCAAAAUAUGUAAUGAUGCCUGAGUCGUUUGUGAUUGGGAAUAUUUAAUUAUUCAGAGUUAUUCACUUGAAUGAAGUAGAACGCCUAAAGAGGAAAUAAACGACUACACUGCCCACAAAUGAUUUUAAUUCGAAUGUAUACCCUCAAUAUGGAGCCGAUUUUCAUGCAGAUUACAAAUACGACAUCUGGUGGAAUACUUCCGUACAGCAACUAUAAAUUAAACCCGGAAACGCUGGGUGUAAUAAAACAAAAACGGCGCAUGCUGGAGUAAGUUAGUCUGAACUUUGAUAGCUUGCAAACGACAUUACCUUACCAAAUUUAGAAACAAUGCUCGGUACUGUAAUGUCUUAAAUUUGCGUUGUAUUUGAUACUUUAUUAGAACGUGUUCAGCGGGUGAAGAUGCUGCUGUGUGACACUGAAAGGGAAGACUGCUUUUGUAACAGGCAAUUUUUUUUGCCUUGCCACGUGAUGGGGACUGUUUUAGUGUGCUCACGUUUCAAGUGCGUUCAUGCUGAAGACCUUUACAUUCAAGUAUGUUUUGUUGUUCCCUAGUUAGCAACACUGGUAUUGGAAAGGCUACUGCUUUGGAUUUGGCCAAGAGAGGUGCCAGGGUCAUCCCUGCCUGCCGCAGCAAACAGAAGGCAGAGGCUGGGCUGCUGUCUAUGAUAUCAGAAGGGUUAGAGGAGCCUUAUAGAUAAAAUAAAUAAUGUAAAUAUAAGAUUGUGGAGUCGGCAUCUCAAUACAUAUUGAUUUGAGAUUUGUUUAACCUGUCUGAAAAGGUUAUGGUGUUUGAAAUCCACAGUUUGAUUCCACCUCUGUUUUAUAGGGAGCCGGGGGAACGAGGUGGUGUUCAUAUGCAGCUGCAUCUGGGGAGUCUGAAGUCUGUUCGGGGGAAUGAGGUGGUGUUCAUGCAGCUGCAUCUGGGGAGUCUGAAGUCUGUUCGGGGGAAUGAGGUGGUGUUCAUGCAGCUGCAUCUGGGGAGUCUGAAGUCUGUUCGGGGGAAUGAGGUGGUGUUCAUGCAGCUGCAUCUGGGGAGUCUGAAGUCUGUACGGGGGAAUGAGGUGGUGUUCAUGCAGCUGCAUCUGGGGAGUCUGAAGUCUGUUUGCUCCUUUGCUGAAACCGUCCUAAAGACUGAACCCAGAUUGGGCCUGCUCCUCAACAAUGCAGGUGUUGCAGAGAGGGAAUGUAAACAUUAAUUCCCAAUACAUAAAACAUACUUUCUCUAUUAAAUUAACCCUAAUGAGUCAUGGAUAAAAUAAUUCUAAUUUGAAGACAAAUACUUGGCCAUUAUGUGUUGCCUAACUCCAUCUGAUCUCACUGUGUGUCACCUUGUUUGCCUAGUCACUUUUACCCCUACCUACAUGAACAUACUGUAUUACCUCAACUCCCUCUUUCUUUUUUUUAGCAAAUAUUUGUAUUUUUAGCUCUACAUUGUUGGUUAUGGGCUCGUAAGUAUUUCACGGUAAACUCUACACCUCUUGUAUUUGAUGUAUGUGACCAAUAAGAUCAGAUUUGUUUUAGGAAUGCUGGGGCCUGGCCACACUGAGGAUGGGUUUGCCACGGCGUUCAGGGUCAACCACCUAGGUCACUUCCUGUUGACCUGCUUGCUGCUGGAUCGGCUGAAGCAGUGUCAACGUGUCGGCUCACCUACACCGGCUAGGCUCUGUGGACUUUGUCCUCCUGGGUACCCACAAGGAUCUGGUGCCAGGCCAGUCUACCUGGCUUAACUUCAGGGCCUACUGCCACAGCAAGCUGUGCAAUGUAGUCUAUAACCGGGUGCUGGCCAACCGCCUGGAUGGGACAAGCGUCACCACCUACAGUCUCCACCCAGGAGUCAUUCACACUGAGUUUGGUCGCAAUCUGAAACAAUGGCAGAGGCACUUUCUGGAGCCCAUCACCAAUCUCUUCAUGGAUACUGAGAGGGGAGCUCAUACCACCCUGCACUGUGGGCUUUAAGAGCAUAUUGAGCUGCCAAGUGGACGCUACUUCUCUUCCUGUGCACUACAGGACGUCGGUGCCAAGGGGCGGGACGAUGCUUUGGCCAGGAAGCUGUGGGAGGUGAUUGAGAGGCUAUCCGACCUGUCCUGAGAGACUGAUUCUAGCCACGGCAAAAAUCUUGAAAUAUACUGACAAGAUAUUGGACACUCCUCUCUAAUGAUGGGAAUCAAUGUCCGUGAAGGCAAACGCAGGCGGGAGGAGUUGGGAGCAGGCUUCUCACUCUCUCACUCACAUCAUGCCUAGACUAAUGCCUUGUUAUCACCAAGGAUGGCUUUUAAAUGUAUGAUUUUUCCUUGUAUAUUGGAAUUCAUUCCUUUUACAUUGUUAUUAAAUAUUUGCGUUCAUAUUA